AUGGUCUCUAAAAUCAUCCUCGAAACCCCUCCAACUAAAGAAGUCAACUUGACAUGGGGCCAAAACGACUCCACUUUCAAAAUCGUUGAUACAGAACUCCCAGAUGUCAAGGACGGCGAGUUAAGAAUCAAGGCUUUGUAUCUUUCAAACGAUCCUACGCAGAGAUUGUGGAUCUCCGCUGGCCAAGACCCCAAGAGACAAUACAUGCCUCCCAUCUUGAAGGGAGAUGCCAUCAGAACAUUAGGUUUGGGUGAAGUUCUCGAGUCCAAGUCCGACAAAUACGUGAAGGGCGAUGUUAUCAGCGGAGUUUUCCACUGGGGAGACGAGAUCAUUAUUCCUGAGGCUAGCGUCAGUGCCAAGGUUGACAAAUCGCUUCCUUAUGAAUGGUACUUGUCUGCUAUCGGUCUCACUGGAUUGACCGCAUACUUCGGGUUGCAAAAGGUCGGCCAGUUCAAGGAAGGCCAAACCGUGCUUGUUUCUGCUGCUUCCGGUGCCACGGGCUCGAUGGUUGUUCAGCUCGCGAAGCACUUCUUCAAGGCAUCCAAGGUUGUCGGUAUUGCCGGUUCUGACGAAAAGUGUAAAUGGGUUGAGUCUUUGGGCGCUGACCUCUGUGUCAACUACAGAGACGCUGACUACAAGAAGAAAAUUGAUGACUUUAUCGGUGACGAGCACUUCGACGUCUACUUUGACAACGUUGGCGGUGAUAUGUUGGACUACGCAUUGAAGCGUACCAAGAGAUACGGUCGUAUCAUUGCCUGUGGUGCUAUUUCUGGAUACAACGAUGUAUCCAAGAUGGAUGUCAGUGCAUGGGUCGAGAUUAUUAGCAACCGUUUGACUGUGCAAGGUUUCAUUGUUUUCGACUUCUUCUCUGAGUUCCCCCAAGCUGUCGAAGAUAUCGUUGCCGUCAUCAAGAGCGGAAAAGUCACCGUAGAAGAAGGUGUCCACAUCGAGGAUGUGUCCAAAUUCGAAAACCCUCUCGAGAAGGUUCCAGAAGUGUGGUUCAAGUUGUUCAGUGAAGAUAAACCAAGAGGAAAAUUGUUGACCAAGUUGGUCUAG